CAGCUGUAACAAAACUUCAAACGUCAAUGUAUUGUUUUGUAACCUUAUAUCUUAAAUUAAAUAAUUAAUUACCUACGGCGAAGUAAUAUAAAACUGUUAAAACAUGAAUAAAUUAACAUCAUACACUAUAAAAGAAAUUCACAAAGCGUACCAUGAAAAGAUAUUAACGCCGACUAAUUUCGUAGAUUUGUGUUUACAAAAAGCCAAACAAACUAGUGAAUUGAACGCUUUUGUGAAUUUAACUAGCGACGAAGCGGAGAACCACGGUAUUGAAAGUGAAAAACGGUUUUAUAUCGACAAAAAAACGAAACCACUUGAUGGUAUAUCAAUAGGAAUUAAGGAUAAUUUUUGUACUAGUAAUAUUCCUACCACUUGCGCCUCUGAGAUGUUAAAAAACUUCGUGCCGACCUACGAUGCGACUGUCUACGCUAGAUUAAGGGCCGCAGGUGCCUGUCUUAUUGGGAAAUGUAAUCUGGAUGAGUUUGCAAUGGGGGCCGGAACUGUGGAUUCAAUUUUUGGACCUACACGUAACCCUUGGGGUUAUAAUCGUGAUAAUUGGAAGAUUGCUGGUGGUAGCUCAGGAGGGAGUGCAGUGGCGGUCAGUUCCGGGGCUUGUGUAGCUGCUAUAGGCUCCGAUACCGGUGGUUCAACAAGAAAUCCCGCUGCUCUUUGCGGUGUUAUCGGUCUUAAACCCACAUACGGUCUUGUCUCCAGAUAUGGCUUAAUACCAUUAGUCAAUUCUAUGGACGUACCAGGAAUAUUAUCAAGAUCUGUUGAAGAUACAGUUAAAGUACUCAAUUGUGUGGCUGGGCCAGAUAUUUUUGAUUCUACAACAAUUAAAAAAGAAUUUAAACUGGUCUCUCUGAAAGAGGAUUUUGAUUUAUCAAAAGUUAGGAUUGGUAUACCGAGUGAAUAUCAUUGUGAAGGUAUGAGUCAUGAAGUAGUUGAUGCAUGGAAGUUUGUAACGGAUUUGCUAGAGAACAAAAAAGCAAUGAUGUCACAAGUUUCUUUGCCACACACAUCAGUAUCUAUAGCCGUAUAUUCCAUCUUAAAUCAAUGCGAAGUUGCUAGCAAUAUGGCUCGAUAUGACGGCUUAGAAUACGGCUUACGAACAAAAGAAGAUCAUUCAACAGAAGAAUUGUAUGCUUCAUCUCGGUCAUUAGGCUUCAAUAAUGUAGUUCGAUCAAGAAUUUUCGCUGGAAAUUACUUUUUAUUGACGAGAAACUAUGAGAAAUACUUUGUCAAAGCUAUGAAGUUACGUAGAUUGAUUUACAAUGAUUUUAAGGAUGUUUUUAAUGGGGAGAAUGGAGUGGAUUUGUUGUUAACACCUACAACUUUAUCUGAUGCACCGUCUUACGAGAGUUUUGUGUCAAAACAUAAUCGUGAUCAGUGUGCUUUUCAAGAUUACUGUACGCAGCCAGCUAAUAUGGCUGGUAUACCAGCUGUCUCAAUACCCAUUCGGCUAUCAAAGAAUGGUCUACCUUUAUCUUUGCAAUUAAUGGGUCCUUCACUAUCAGAAGAGUUGUUGCUGAAUGUUGCCAGGAAAAUUGAGCAGUUAGUGAAUUUCCCAUAUUUAGACUGUUUUAAGGUAUAAUGUUUUAUGUAGGUAUUUGAAAUAAAAAAGUUGA